AACCCUCGUCUCCCCCACACCACCAACCAGCGAAUCACAGACCACGCACCACUGCACUCAGGCCAUCUUCUUCUUCUCGUACGAGUAGAGAGGUAGCUAGCAGGCAUGGCUGGUCCGAGGCUCGCGACGCUGGCGCUGGCCGUGCUCCUGGCGGCGGCCGUGGCGGCUCCCCCGGCGGCGGUGCGCGCGGCCCUGUCGUGCAGCACCGUGUACAACACCCUGAUGCCGUGCCUGCCGUACGUGCAGAUGGGCGGCGCGAUGCCCCCGCAGCCGUGCUGCGGCGGCAUCCGCAGCCUGCUGGCGCAGGCCAACAACACCCCCGACCGCCGCACCAUCUGCGGCUGCCUCAAGAACGUCGCCAACGGCGCCUCCGGCGGACCCUACGUCACCCGCGCCGCCGCCCUGCCGAGCAAGUGCGGCGUCUCCCUGCCCUACAAGAUCAGCACCGAUGUCAACUGCAACACGAUUAACUGAGGCGUCCCGUGCGAGGAAAUUCAUGGCGGAGAAUAAAUGAAGUGCUGCUAGUAUUUAAGAAGCUAGAACGGACUAGUAGAUCGAGAGGUGUGCUUGUCUCUAGUCGUCGUCGUUGAUGGUGUUUAGGAAUCGUCUGAAGAAGUUCCUCCUGGUGUCUCGUGGAUGUUCGCGCGAGCAGAGUACUAGUCAUGAUUGUCAUGAACCUGUGUGUGCGCUUCUGUGCACCGUGCCUAUGUAUUUCCUCGUGAAACUACCUAUUGUUGCAGUUUCAUCGCCGUGUGCUUUGUUUACGUGUGACUCUAGAAAA